CUCUCAGUGCACCUCGCUAUCGCUCAAUUCACGUCCACACACAUUACACACGCUCUCUUGACGCCUUUUCCUCCGCUUGACGCAUUCUCCAUCCGCAUCACCCACGCCCACACCCACUCUCCUCCCACCCCCCGAUCACUCAUUCCUCUCCCCCAUCACACUCUUCCACAUCUCGACUCGCCUUGACGCCUUAACCUUCCACAUCUAAAUUCGAAACUUCGGUCAACAGCCAAAGAGCUGCUCAUGUCCAUCUCCCCCUCCCAACCUCCUUUCAUCCCCGCAUAACCUUCUUCACCUCUCACACAUUUUCUACACCUACCGACCUCACAUCUCUCAUCCGCACUUCAUCGACGGCAACGGCAUGAAACGCUACGACGACGGGCCGCUGCCUUACUCUCAGGGUGGCCCCAUGCCGACGCGUCGCCCUACCAUCCGUGUCACAGGAGGCAACUCCUCAGGCGGUGGUGGUGGUGGCAUGGGCAUGGGCGGCGGCGGAGGCACCAUUGGCCGAGGCGGCGGCGGCACCGUCAAGCGCUCCAAGACGCUCACGAGGCCCGAGCGACACGUUGCGCCCGAGCCCCUCAUCAACCCAACAGGACAGGAAGACUCUGCCGCUCAUGCGUCCGGGUCCAAACUCGACUGGUGGACCGUCACGUCCUUGAUCGUCACCUUUUGGGCGCCUUCCCCCUUGCUCAAGAUGAUGGGUAUCACCGAGGCAAACUCGAGGCAAGCAUGGCGAGAGAAGAUUACGCUAUGCUUCAUCGCCAUUGUUAUGGGAGGUAUCGUCGGUUUCGCGACCAUGGGCUUGCAGAGCGCAUUGUGUCCAGGCGGCAGCAAUGGCGCUGGCUACCAACUUUUAGGCUCCCGUGACUCUACACUGUCCAUCGCUGGCUGGGCCUUCAACAUUAACGAGUCCAAACCCUUUGGCAAUGUCAACUUCUACGAACUUUCAAACCAAAUGAGGGGACAGGACAUUACCCCCUUCUUCACCCGUUCUGCAGCCGACUACCCAGACUGCACCGCAACCAAUUUUAGAUACGCCGCGCCCGACAUCUGCAACGCGAAAGCCAAGGAGGCUAACGAAUGUCUGCUCGGUCAGCUCAAUGCCAACUCGCUUAACCAGUAUGCGCUCAGGAACGAGUCGCAGUACGAAGGCUAUUCCUGGGCACAGGUCGUCAACAGCACAAAUUACAUCGUCAUUGAUGGUUGGGUGCUCAACAUGAACCCCUACAUGCGCGCCAACCCACAGCCCAUCCCGGGCGACCCCAUUGAUGGCAUCAUUCGCCGCGCCAUUGACGUCCAGUCAUCGUCGGGCAAGGACGUGACAAAGCAGUUCUACAACAACCCAGACACCCGGGCUGCGAUCAAGUGCCUGACGACGCGCUACCUCGCUGGCAAAAUCGACAAGACAACUCCGGGAUGUUUCGUUGCUGCGCUUUUCCUCUACGCGUCGCUCAUCGUCAUUCUUGGCGUCGUGUUGGUCCGCUUCUUCAUGGCCAUCAUCUUCUCCUGGUUCAUCUCACACAGACUCAUCGAGAAGAAGACGCUCUCGCGCGGGACCGGUAUCGCCCCCACUGUCAUGCCCGAGGGCGCCAACGUCUCGGUGCACAACCAGACUGGUACGGCUCCGUGGGCUCAGCCCGGCCGCAAGGGACAGGCUCCCGUCGCCGCUCCGGCUCCAGUCAUGAGUCUAGAUCGCAUCGGCGCCGAAUUGUUCUGCGUGUGCCUGGUGACGUGUUACUCGGAAGGCGAGGAAGGUAUCCGCAACACUCUCGACUCGAUCGCCGGUACCAGCUACCCGGACCAGCGCAAGCUUCUCUGGGUGGUGUGCGACGGCAUGAUCACGGGUGCCGGGGAGAAGCAGAGCACGCCCGACAUCUGCGUGGGGAUGCUCGAGGCCGACCCUCGGUUCGGCAAUCCGCAGCCCAUGGGCUACAUUGCCGUUGGAUCUGGUGCCAAGCGCGAGAACCGUGCGAUGGUCUAUGCUGGGCACUAUGUCACCAAGAGCGGCCACCGCGCCCCUACCGUCAUUGUUGUCAAGUGUGGCAUGCCAUCAGAGGCCAAUGACAAGAAGCCGGGGAACCGCGGCAAGCGCGACUCACAGCUUAUUCUCAUGAACUUCUUCUCGCGCGUUACCUACAACGACCGGAUGACGCCGCUCGACUACGACCUCUUCCGCAAGGUGCAGACCUUGAUGGGCGUCACCCCUGACUUCUUCGAGGUGUGCCUCAUGGUUGACGCCGACACAAAGGUCUUCCCCGACUCGCUCGCCUACCUCGUCAACGCUAUGGCCAACGAUAACAUGGUCAUGGGCGUGUGCGGAGAGACACGAAUCGCCAACAAACGACAGUCCUGGGUCACGGCUAUUCAAGUGUGGGAGUACUACAUUUCGCAUCACCAGAUGAAGGCGUUCGAAUCGGUCUUCGGAGGCGUCACCUGUCUUCCAGGCUGCUUCUCGAUGUACCGCAUCAAGGCCCGCAAGGACGCCGAAAAUGACUGGGUUCCGAUCCUCGUCAAGCCCGAAAUCGUGCGCGAGUACAGCCAGUCGGACGUUGUGACGCUGCACCAGAAGAAUCUGCUUCUCUUGGGUGAGGACCGAUUCCUGUCCACCAUUCUCCUUCGCACCUUCCCCAAUCGCCGCAACAUCUUCCUUCCCCAGGCUCGGUGCCGAACCAUUGCGCCCGACACGUUCAGCGUCCUCCUCUCGCAGCGCCGCCGAUGGAUCAACUCGACUAUCCACAACCUCAUGGAGCUGGUCCUCGUACGUGACCUCUGCGGCACGUUCUGCUUCUCCAUGCAGUUCGUCGUCUUCAUGGACUUGGUCGGUACCAUCGUCUUGCCGAUCGCGAUCUGCCUUACCUUCGCUCUCGUCGUCAACUCGAUUCUCAAGCCGCCCCAAAAGUUCGAGGAGGCGAUUCCUCUAAUGCUUCUGGCGUGUAUUCUUGGUCUUCCGGCGUUCCUCAUUCUCAUCACCACGCGCAAGCUGAUCUACGUCGCGUGGAUGCUGGUCUACCUGUGCGCUCUGCCCGUGUGGAACUUUGUCCUCCCCGUUUACUCGUUCUGGCACUUUGAUGACUUUUCCUGGGGCGAGACGCGCAAGGUUGAGGGCGAAGUUGUCGACAAGGCAGGUCACAGCGACGCGACGGCCGUGUUCGACGGCACUACGAUUCCUUUGCGCCGUUGGGACGACUGGGAGCGGAGUCGGCUGCGCAAGAUCCGCCGCGAGGAGAAACGCAGGCGACAGAUGGAGCGCAUGCACGGGCAGGCCUUCUACGGCGACGAGGACGGCAUGCUUGUCGCCCCGGACCGUGGGUUCGCACGCGACGAGUCGGACAACCAGUCGAUCGCGUCCUCAGAAGAAGACAUGUGGGGCGGCGACGUGGGCGGCUACGACGAGAACCACCCAUCGUUCCCUCCUCCGCCCAUAGCGCUGCCGCCAGAGUCACGUCCACUGCCCGGCCCCACGAUAGGCAUGGACGAGAUGGCGCAGAUGCUCGACCAGGGGUUCGAGGAGCCCCCACCGGCCAACAUUAGAAUCGACCGCCGCACUCCCUCGCCCCUGCACCGCCCACGCGUGUCGCCGCCGACGGACCAGUACUCAGGGCAAUAUGCGGGUGUGGGCCAGGGCCGUACCCCAAGGCAUGGGCGCGGCGAGAGCACUAGCAUCGAGCCGCACGUGAACGGACACGCGCGACAGCGCUCCGCGGGCGGCCAGAAUGGGUAUGGACCGCUGGGGCCCGCGUAGUGCGGUUCGGAGACGACGACGCGACUGCGACGGUGACGACAAACGACGAUUGGAGGCGCCUGGGAGCGCCAUUAUGACAGACAGCAUUCAUACACACUCUGCAUUGUAAUAGACUUGCCAGCACACGAGGCGAGGCUGCAUGGACGGGGGGAGAGUGAUGGUGUUGCUCAUACUGCCCAACCAUGUUCAUGUUAUGUACAACAUAUGGAUAAUUACACUAUUG